CAUUAUUUUCCCAUCACUAAUGCCCUGUUAGACUUUACAACAAAUAUUAUAAAAUGUUUCAUACUAGCAUUUCUGUCUUCCAUCCCCUAACUGAGAAUUAAUCCACUUCAUAAAAGCCACAUAAAGAUCUUAACUGGAGUUAUAGCCAAGAUUUCCUCUUUCUCAAAUCUUUCUUCAUCUUCUGCUCAUAAUCCCAAUUACCUCACAUGGGUUCCCAUUUCCUAAGCAUAAUGGGAAAUCUCCUUAGCUUUGCAUUCAUACCCUUAAAAAUCAUUUUCUACUACUCUUUUCAAGCUUAGCUGACACUACAUGUGAUAUUUCGUGCCUCAUCUUAAGCUCUGAGUAUCUCACAUAUUAAGAUCGUUUCCUGCCUCUGUGUUCAUUAAGUUUCUCAUGUCUAUAACUAAAUAUUAUCUUAUCCAAGGAAAGGAUUGAGUCAUCUCUAAGAUAUCAGACCCUUGUUUCAUAUGCACAUUCUCAAAAUAAUUCAUAAUUCAAUAGAAUCUUCACAUUUAUUAUUUAUUACAUGGGGAGACCUAAUGAAUUCAAGGUUGAGAUAAUAAAAAGUGUUUUUUUUUCAGGUAAUGUAAUUAAUAAUAACAUGAAAUACAUGGAGAAUAGGAACAACGUGACCGAGUUCAUUCUACUGGGGCUCACACGGAAUCCAAAGACUCAGAAAAUAAUAUUUGUUGUAUUUUUGAUCAUCUACAUUGUUUCUAUGGUGGGAAAUGUGCUCACCAUGGUCAUCAUCACAGCCAGUCCAUUACUGGAGUCCCCCAUGUAUUUUUUUCUGGCUCAUCUUUCUUUCAUUGAUGCUUGCUAUUCCUGUGUCAAUACUCCUAAACUGAUUGUAGAUUCACUCCAUGAAAAGAAAUCCAGUCCAUUCAAUCAGUGCAUGACACAAGUCUUUGGCGAACAUUUAUUUGGAGGUGCUGAUGCCAUACUGCUUUCUGUGAUGGCCUAUGACCGCUAUGUGGCCAUCUGCAAGCCCCUGCACUAUACAACCAUUAUGAACUGGCAUGUGUGUUGGCUGCUAGUGGGAGUCGUGUGGGUGGGUGGUUUUCUUCAUUCAAUGAUACAGAUUCUCCUCAUCUUCAGAUUACCCUUCUGUGGUCCAAACAUCAUUGAUCACUUUAUGUGUGAUCUGAAUCCUUUGCUCAAACUUGCCUGCACUGAUACUGACACUCUAGGACUCUUAGUUGAUCUCAACAGUGGUUUCCUAUGUCUGUUAAACUUUAUCCUCUUGAUUGGCUCUUAUGUGGUCAUCCUUCUCUCCCUAAGGAACCACAGCUUGGAGGCAAGACACAAGGCACUCUCCACUUGUGUUUCCCACAUCACAGUUGUCAUCCUAUUACUUGUGCCCUGCAUGUUUGUGUACCUGAGACCUGCAGCUAAUUUACCUAUGGACAAGGCAGUUACUGUAUUCUACACUAUGAUAACUCCCAUGUUAAACCCCUUAAUCUAUACCCUGAGAAAUGCCCAGAUGAAAAAUGCCAUUAAGAAUUUGUAUAGUAGAAAAGCUAUUUCAAGUGAUAAAUAAAAAGUGCAUGGAGCCCACCAAAAAAAUAACUGUGAGAUAAAGAAAAAAAAAAACACUACAAAUCAAAGAGUCUGCAAGGAGGGGACAUAGGUACAAAAAUGGAAACAAACCUCAUCUGGACUAUACUCUGCACAUUUGGAAAAAUCUACCAAAUCUGGGCUUAGUUUUCUACUUUUCAUAAAUCUACAUGUGUUAAUAAAACCAUUCUUACAAAAAACAAUCAAAGAAAUAAAAACACACUGAUACUGAGCAAGUAAUCUCUGUAACAAUCCAAGGAAAUAGGCACUGUGGCUCCAAAACAGAAAUACUGAAGAACCAGUACUCUGUAUGAAGCUGAUCUCUCAGGCCAUGUUCUUGAUUGCUGUGACAUAAAGCCAGACAAUGAUAAUAGAAAGGUAGCUUAAUUUUAUUACUCACCAUUUUUUGAGAGAGGGACUGUGUUGAUAUAUAUACAAAAAUAUGUAUAAGACAUAUACAUAUAUGUACACACACACGCACACACCUGUUCCAGGGCAAAAUGUCAAGGGUGUGACUGGAGCUGCAGCUGCAGGCAUAGGCCACAGCCAGGGCAGCACCAGAUCUGAGCUGCCUCUGUGACCUAUGCCUCAGCUUGGGGCAAUGCUGGAUCCUUAAACAACUAAGUAAUGCUAGGGAUGGAACUUGCAUCCUCACAGAGACAUUUGUUUCUUAACCCAU